UCCCAUGGAGGUCGGUGGUAGGACACCUCUCCCGGCAAUUGAUGAGGCACUGCUCACAGGUCUCGUCGACCGCUGGCGUCCUGAGACACACACUUUCCACUUUCCUUUUGGUGAGAUGGCAGUAACACUGCGGGACGUGGCCAUGCUGACCGGGCUGCCAAUAAGGGGUGCCCCGUUAAUAGUUUCGCGACCCGCAAGGGAGCAGUGGAAGGGUUAUGUUGCAGAUAGGUUUGGUGUGCAAUACGACGGGAAGGAUGCUGGCCUCUCCAUGUCCUGGGUUCAUGGGCUGACACAGUUCGGUCCAUGCCCACUGGAUGCGGACGAGAAUACACUUAUGCAACACUAUGAGGUGUACUUAUACGUCCUGCUCGGAGGCAUCAUGUUCUGCAACACGGCAGGCGAUUAUGUCGUCCCACAUAUUGUAUGGUUAGCAGCCCACCUCGCGUCACAUCCUUAUGAGCCUACAUCUUACAGUUGGGGAUCUGCAGUGUUGGCUGCAACCUACAGAGGAUUGUGUGAUGCAACCCAGCGAACAAAGAGGAAGGCAACCAUUACAGGGUGCUUACAUCUCUUACAGUUAUGGAGUUGGGAGUACCUCCCGAUUUCCAGACCUUGGGUGCUCAAGUGCUACUACCCAGUUCACAUCUCUGAUGGCAUUGCAGAUGACAUAAGGCCAACGAUGGGGUAUCGGUGGAUUCAUGCCAGGCUAAGAUGGAGUCAGCAGCAAGACCAUGGUAACUACUCCAGGGUGAUAAGUGACCUGGACAUCCUUAGCGCUGAUCUAGUGGAUUGGGAUCCAUGGCGUAUGGCACGAGUAAAAGAAAUUGCAGAUGGUGGACUCCUGGCAUCCUCUUGUAGCCGUGACGCAGACUUAUGGUUGACCACAUGCUUCUUGUUGUACAUGAACUGCGUGGAAGUAUAUUCUCCAGAACGUGUACAGAGGCAGUUCGGGUACCGACAGGUGGUGCCUGUUCCAGCACCACGAGACGCCGGACGGGCGCACGAGUGGAGCUCAAAGGGGGCGGAGGCACGCAAGACUGGGCAUCCAAGAAUGCCGAGUACAUACGGAGGUGGACAGAAUCAGCUGCGGUGGAUGUCAUCAUUACUGCUGGACAAUACGACGAGGCCACGUACUGGGACUACCUUGCUUGGUACCGUCCGCGCACGCGUGCCACCUUACUCAGCGGACCUGUACAGCCGGGCCCCAGACCCUUCCCCGAGGAUCGUGCCCGCCUACUUCAUGUUGUGGUAAGUGAUGCGUUACUUAUAUUGGUUUUCUUUGGAAAAUCUGUGUAUUACUGACAUGUCCCUCAUCUUAUACAGACUGAAGAGGCGUAUGAGAUGCAUACGCAAGCGGAUCAACCUUUUGGGGAACCAAGCAGGUCAUCAUCGCAGAGGGAUCGUAACCCUCUCCGGGAGUACAUGAGGACAAGAGGAUCCCGCUUCCUAAACGCUAUACGUGGUCUAGGUGGGUGUGCCCCGCAAUGGAGGGGGUACGACCAACAUGCCAUGGACCCGUCUCGUGCCUCCCACAGCAGGCGGUCCUCCCACAGCAG